UUAGUGUUGCUUGGCUAACCUUUGAACCCGGAAGCAAAUAUUUCAAACAUUAUGCCCUUUUGGAGGUGAACCUUUCUCCCCGAAACGAUCAAAAAUUAUGUCCAAAAACAGGAAAAUAGUAUUUAUAUUUGGAGGGUUUGUAACAGCCGUUGCUGCUGCGUUUUACCCGAUUUUCUUCUACCCGCUUGCCCACAAAAACGAGUACAGAGAAGUCCAAAAGAUGAACCGGGCAGGAAUCGAGCAGGCCGACGUGCAGCCCGUCGGCGUGAAGAUUUGGUCUGACCCAUUCAAGAAGUGAUUCCCAAUGGACGUAUCUGGACAGUGUUCUGUGUGUGAGUGAGCCAAGUAUUUGUCUUAGUUUUGCCCAGUCAAAGGGACACACGAUGGAAAAUAGACUUUUUAAUGGGACAGCAGGGUGAAAGAGUAGUUUGCACGUCUGCCUAGCUAUUGUAAUAUUGUAGACUCUGAAAUGUCCAUUGGUGUGAAUGGACAUUUACAUCAUCACCGCCCCGAUGCCAAGUUUCUGUCGUGACGUAGCAGCUUUACCAUGCGAGAUCCAGAGCCACUUUAAAGCCGUUAUGCUGUCUGAAACACAAUUGACUAUUUAUUGUUGGUAUACAAACAAUCUGUCCACCCUUCAAGUGUGAAAUUAAACAACUACACUUGGUAA